GCCGAGAUUUCAUCGAUAAUUUAAUUUCGAACGGAUUCAUUUUGCCUACGGAAGCAACAAUUGUUGAGUUGAUAUGGCGCUCAAGUACCACAAAGUUUUUGAUGGUUUAAGAGAAAUUAUCAAUAUUAUAAAACAAGAGCAGGUUUUGAAAGAGGAGAGACCUGUCCACACGCUCAAUCCUUUUCUUCGAUCAAAGGAUUUCUUCAUUGUAUUGUGUAUUACCGUUAUGGCAGCAGCCCUCCGAUUCGUGUUACAGAACAAGUUGCUUCCACUGUGGUUCUCAAAGUUCGCACCCAGUCGAAGACGAAAAAUUUGCGAAAACAUUUUCUAUACCGUGUUUUAUAUAUUCUCGUUCUGGUAUGGCGUUGUAGUUAUCACCCAAGAAAACUGGACAAUAGACCCUCGAGAUACCAUUAUCAGAGAGUUUUGGACUCCAUUUCCGGCUCCUAUGAGUACUCUGUUUAGGAGUUAUUAUCUUAUGGAAGCAGGUUAUUACUGUGGCGCUUUGUUGUUUCUCUCUUUUGACACGAGGCGCUCUGACUUUCUGGAGUUUGUAAUACACCAUGGUAGUACUGUAUUUUUAGUAUUGAUAAGCUAUAUAUUUGGAUAUGUCCGAAUCGGACUUUACAUUCUUUGUAUACAUGAUGCGAGUGACAUUCUUUUAUAUCUGGCGAAAGUGUUGUAUUAUGUAAGGUGGAAUGCGGAUAUCUACGUAUUUUCAUUCUUUGCGAUUGUUUUUUAUUUGACAAGGCUGGUCAUUUAUCCCAGAAUCGUUUGGUCAGUGGCUGUGGACUCGUUGCGUAUGGUACUGGAAAAGCCUUCCUUUAACUAUUGGGCUGCUCAUUGGCAGUUUUAUUUGUUACAUUAUUUCUUAUGUUUAAUUGCGCUCAUAGUUUUACAACUUUUGCACUGUUUUUGGUUUUCACUUAUUCUGAAAAUGGUGUAUCGUUCGUUAUCAGCUUCGACGGAGGCACUAAGGCAGGAUGGUGGAGACAUUCGUAGCGAUGAUGAAGAGGAAGACGAAAAAGACGGUUGAAAAAAGUAUAACAUGUUAACAUUUCAUACAGAAACAUGAUUGAAUAAUAAAUUUGGUUAUCGUUUGAUGUUAUGAUGUUG